AUGUGUCGCCCACGUUUGACGGGUGGUCUAGGUAUUCUUGAGCCACAACUGCAACAAAAAGCUCUCCAGAUGCGAUGGCUACAGCCCAGUUUAGACCAGCAGUCGACCCAAUCUUUUGUAGCACAAUGGAUAAAAGCUACUUUGCGACAAUGUACCCCAAGUGGAGACAUUCGCCUGUCUAUGAUGUUUGCAAAUUUACACCCUGCUAGAUUGAAAAAUGUACAAAGUGCGUUUAAUACUCUCCUAACUACGACUGAUGCCAUUCCACGGAAUUAUUCCACCAUAACUCCCACUCCAGCUACAUGUCUGAUCUUGCCCAUACUCGAUAUCAUACAGUUCUCUGAUCAAUCUAUUUGUCUUACCAAGGGUUGGCGAAAAUUGCGCGUUUCUUACGCUUUCAUUUACGAUGAGUCCCUUCAAGCUCUUCGUUCACGAGUCCCUUCAGAACGCCUUGGUUCCAGAUACAUUGUCGCCAAACUCCUCCGUAACCUUCAGAACGCACGGCACUGCCCACUGGUUGCCGGUAUCUCAAAGACUUCCACACCAUUCACUUUCGCAAAAUUUGGCAAAUCAAUCCGCCCUUGUCUAACCACGUCUCUACUCUUGCACCGACUCAAUGGGAAAAAAAAUUGGGAUUUUUCCAUACACUACUCUGUACGAAACAUUUGGUACCGCGCACUACAUCAAUCCUUGUCCUGUAGCUCACACCUCCAUCGCAUCGCUCCCACAACCUUCCCGUCUCCGAUGUGCGCCUUUUGCAGCAAUGGCAUUGAUAACAUAGAGCACUCUCUGUAUCUGUGUCCUCUUAAGUGGCCGGUUUGGUUCAAUGCCUGGCUGACUUACUUUGGAUAUCAACCUGAACCAUUUGAUGUUCAUCGCGCGCUGUUUCACUUGGAUCUUCCUAAUUCAGCCAAUUUUGAACACUAUCUUGACCCGAGCCAGGCCAUUAGCUGCAUCAUCUUAUCUCUGUGGAGAGCUCAUUGGCAAGUGAUUUUUGACUCUGCGCCUUUUAACACACAACAUGUACAAUCAUCUGUAGGGAAAAUUUCUACGUCUUUUGCUCAGGAACUAGAUCUCUCAUAG